AUGAACCCGGAACCGGUGCAUAACCGACGACUUUCGGUGGAAGACGCAGAGGAUGAUGAGGUACUACCUUCUUAUGAGGAUGUUAUUCAAGGAGGAUCCUCUGCUACUAUCGUCGCCGCCCUCCCCGCGCGUCUGAGAUAUCGGACCCCUUCACCCCGACCAGGCUCUCGUUCGCAGCAGCGCAUCUCACUGCCGGAUCCUUCCACAGCGCCCUCGUCUGCGAGCCCGCAACAAUAUAGCUCUCUGCUAGGCCCCUCUUUCGCCCCCACAAUUGUUGCAUCUCCUUCUCUCGCCACGGUCACACCUCCGCAUUCGCGCCCCAUCGGGAAUGGAAAUUCCCCACAAGAACUACGAGCCUCCCGCUCCCCCCAACCAAAAUACUCCUCCCUCCUCCCACCGGCCUCUGGCCCCACCGGCCCACCUCCGAACUACAACGUCACAACAUCAAGUUUACCCGAGCCACCACGAAGCCGUGAGGGCAAAGAGCGGGAUAAGGCGCCUCGAACCCAGCGGUGGAUGUUCGGAAAAAAGGCCUCGCAAGCAUAUCAUGAGGGACAUCUCGAGAAGAAAUAUGCCCCCUCGAAGUACGAAGGUGUGCCGUUGGAAUAUGUUGUGGAUAGAUUUGGGAAUCGGAAACGGGAGCUGAAGUUUGAGAUGGACAUAGGAGUGUCUAUUACUGGGCUUGUCAGGGUGGGCGUUAAGUCGAGUCGAUUUGGAGGUUAAGAAGCUGUAAGGUUGUUUGGGCGGUCAUUGAGGACGGAUUUUCCUUUCAACACUUUACGAAAUUUUUACCAUGAUUCUGCAUGAGCUAUACGAGUACAGUACUUGUAUUAGGCGACGGAGGGAUGGCGGGGGGGAGAAACAUCUGGGAUGUCCAAGCGGUAAGCAAGGGUGACGGUGAUCAUCUCACGAAACCUCAUCCAAUAGCGGUUUCCCUUUAAUUACACCCGCCCCAGCUUAAUUUAAGUCAAGCAUAAUUCUACUUGUAGACUAACUUUAGCUAUCAUACAAAUUCACCGUCUUGAUCUUCACGAG